AUGAGACCACGGCGGCUAUGUAAGGGUGUGGUGGCGAAGGUGAUAGCAGCUGUUGCAAGAGGCGACGAAAGCAGGUCGCGUGAGCGGAAGAUUGCUCCGCGUCGGCGAAAUGCAGUGGCGGCUGCGGAUUGCUCCGCGUCGGCGGAAGGCAGUGGCGGCGGCGGAUUAGAAGCGCCCUCUCGCCUCACCUUGAAGCAGCAGCUGGAUAUCCUCAUCGGUGCUGCACGUGGCUUGGCAUACCUCCACAGUUUUGGCCUUGUGCACCGCGACAUCAAGCCCGCCAACAUCCUUCUCGGGGCCAACAUGCAGGCCAAGAUUGCAGACUUCGGACUAGUGGAGGCGUGCAUUUCCUCUGACACCCCGGCCCUCAAGGACCUGAGCAUGGACGCCCCGGAUGAUGCUGUGCUGCGCCUGGCCAAGCUGGCUCUCAGUUGCACUAAGGAGCGCAGUGCAGAUCGGCCAAGCAUGGCAAGCAUUGCCAACGAGCUGCUUGCUAUCAGGAAUGAGGUGAUGGGAAUAGAGGAGCUGGGUGCAGCAAUUAAGGUGGACAUGCAAGCCCAGAAGAUGGAAUCUGCAAUUUCUAGUGAAAAAGGCAUGGACGCUUGGCCUCCUGCUUGGAAGUUCUGA